AUGGAUGUACUCAACCCGGGACAGGGCAACAACACCACUUUGUCCGAGGGUCCCUUCGGGACACGCGGAAACGCUACUGGCAUCUCCGACGUGACCUUCAUCUACCAAGUGAUCACCUCACUGCUGCUGGGCACGCUCAUUUUCUGCGCGGUGCUGGGCAAUGCGUGCGUGGUGGCCGCCAUCGCCCUGGAGCGCUCCCUGCAGAAUGUGGCCAACUAUCUCAUCGGCUCUCUGGCUGUCACCGACCUCAUGGUGUCGGUGCUGGUGCUGCCCAUGGCUGCGCUCUACCAGGUGCUCAACAAAUGGACGCUGGGGCAGGUCACCUGUGACCUAUUCAUCGCCCUCGACGUGCUGUGUUGCACCUCGUCCAUCCUGCACCUGUGCGCCAUUGCACUGGACAGGUACUGGGCCAUCACGGACCCCAUUGACUACGUGAACAAGAGGACGCCCCGGCGCGCCGCUGCGCUCAUCUCGCUCACUUGGCUCAUUGGCUUCCUUAUCUCCAUCCCGCCCAUGCUGGGUUGGCGCACCCCCGAAGACCGCUCCGACCCCGACGCGUGCACGAUUAGCAAGGACCAUGGCUACACUAUCUAUUCGACCUUUGGCGCUUUCUACAUCCCGCUGCUGCUCAUGCUGGUUCUCUACGGGCGCAUCUUCCGAGCUGCGCGCUUCCGCAUCCGCAAAACAGUCAAGAAGGUGGAGAAGAAGGGAGCGGACACCCGCUUUGGGGUGUCGCCGGCCCCGCAGCCCAAGAAGAGCGUAAACGGCGAGCCAGGGAGCAGAGAAUGGAGGCAGGGUGUGGAGAACAAGGCAGGGGGGACUCUGUGCACCAAUGGCGCGGUGAGGCAGGGUGAGGACGGCGCCGCCCUGGAGGUGAUUGAAGUGCACAGGGUGGGCAAUUCCAAAGAGCACCUGCCGCUGCCCAGCGAGGUGGGUGCUAUCCCUUGCACCCCCGCCUCCUUCGAGAAGAAGAAUGAGCGCAACGCCGAGGCCAAGCGCAAGAUGGCCCUGGCCCGGGAGAGGAAAACGGUGAAGACGUUGGGCAUCAUCAUGGGCACAUUCAUCCUUUGCUGGCUGCCCUUCUUCAUCGUGGCCCUGGUCCUGCCCUUCUGUGAAAGCAGCUGCCACAUGCCCACCCUGCUGGGAGCCAUAAUCAACUGGCUGGGCUACUCCAACUCUCUGCUCAACCCUGUCAUUUACGCCUACUUCAACAAAGACUUCCAAAACGCGUUUAAGAAGAUCAUCAAGUGCAAGUUCUGCCGCCGAUGAUGGUGGAGUAGUCGGCGAGUAGGCCCGCCCCAUCCUCUCUGCCUCCUCCAGUUUUCUGGAAUCAACACUUCUGAUAGCUCGCUAAUUUCCUCUCACUUUCUCCGCUGCUUGGGGUCCCCGCUUCCAGACCUCGUCCCUCCACUUCCGUCGCCCAAUACCCUGCUCGGAGGGAGUGCGCUUUGUGCAAAGAGCCCCAGAGAAAAGGUCUGGAGGGGGGUGGGAAACUCCCCUUUCCGUGAUAAGCGACCUUGGCUCAGCCUUUGGCCUCAGAAUCAGGUCUGAACUCUGCACUUGCCUCCUCCCUCUUCCGCACCCCAAAUCUUCGCGGCGGAAGUUUAAGCCUAAGCCAUUCAAGGCA